AUGAGCGGAGUCGAAUUCCACUCGGCCCCGGGUACUUGCCGCGUUGUGUGUAUUGCUGAAUUAUCUACUUGUCAAGAUCGCCCGUCUACGAUGCCCACCAUCAAUGAUUUUGAUGCCUAUAUUGCCGUCAAUAACCAACAAUUAGUCCACUACGGCAUGCGCCACUUUGUUAGGGAUAGGACUUUAGAAUGUUGGAUCCCGUGCGUCGUAGGACAAAAAUUCUCAGUUAAUUGGAUCUGUAAGAAAUCGUUGAUGGACAGUUGUGGCGACGUAUCAAUAGAUGGUGUCGACGCAGGAGGAAUAACUAUCAAUUUGGAGGUCCGCAGCGAAGCGAAGAAGAAAUACGCCAAGCACGAGGAAAUUGUUCAUGCAGAAAUGUUCAGUUCGCACCGAGGAGAAAGGUUUACAUUCAAAGGAAAACAUGAUCACGAUGGAGCUCGAGAAAUCAGAUUAGUUAUAAAUCGUACAGGAAGUCCUUCGAGGAGCGUUCCAACCCAUAGGCAUAUUGGGCCCGUGGUCGAAAAUACCAAAUUACUUCGGGAAGAGGCACCCAUUAAACGUGUCGAAAUAAUAGCCACGUUUGUUUUUAAAUACAGGGACCUUAGCGUUUUAAGGUCUAUGGGGUUGUUAGAAACUCAACCCACCUUUGAGACCAUUCGCGGCGGAUGGGAAUCGGCGGAGAAGUACAAGACACCCAACAAUGACAAUGACAAUGAUCUGAACCCCUCCGUUUCUGGUUCGGGAACAGCCCAUACAGAUGAUCCAAUUCUUCUAGACUUAGAGACAAUGCGGAAUACAGACCCCAGUACAUGGUCUAAGAGCACAAAGAGGAACUUCGAUGAAAUGACUAGGCCCACAGAUGCAGAUCUCGCUGCAGAAAUCCGCGACCUCGAGAGGCAUUUGAGAAAUCUCGUCCAGGAGAAUAAUUAUAGAGACAGACGCAAGCAUAAGAACGCCAAACAAAGGCGGGCAAUGCGACGCUUUGCAUCGCCAGUACAAUAUAUGUACCGCACAAGAUCGGUUGUAGAGGCAGAAGGGAAAGAGAGCCCCGCAAAGAGAGCCAAAGUCGAGGAUACCGAUCGAGUUUUGGACCAGGCUGAUAAUUGA